AUGUGUAUAAACUGUUUUAAAAAAUUAAAUGAAAAUAAGGAAGUAAUUGAUAUGGAUGUCGACAUUAUAGAAGAUGAAUUUAUAGAUAAGGAUUACGAGGAAUUAAAUGAUAAUACUUUUAUUCCCAUACACAAACUUAAAAAAAAUAUAGAGGAUGUAUGCUUUUCUCUGAAAUUGGAAGGUUUGCCAAAGAAAAUGAAGCAUGAAACAAUAAAAAGCUGGAUUAAACAGAAGGUUCUGGAAGUCUCAAAAGCUUUUGAGAAGGUAUGUAUCAAAGCAUUUAAUUUAAAUGAUAGCCUUGAAAAAGAAAAUUUGGAAAAUUUAGACCAAGAUUACCUUAACUUGAUUGCUGAAAUCAAAGAGAAAAUUUCUACGGUUGAUUACAAAAAUAAAGUUAAUCUUCUAAGUUUAGCACCAGUGUCUUGGUCCCGUGAAACGACAGCCAAAGAAUUUAAUAUUUCUGUCAGUACUGUAAAAACAGCAAGACAUGCAAAGAAAAAUCAUGGAAUAUUACCCUACGCCGAAAAUGAAAUAAGAAAAGGAAGGCUUUCACUUUCUGAAGAAAUUUCUGAAAAAGUUCUUCAGGUUUAUUUAGAAAACGAUAUAAGCCGACCUUGUCCAGGGGCUAAAGAAUAUGUUUCGGUGAAGGAUGAAACUGGAAAUAGGGUUCACAUGCAAAAAAGAUUACUUCUUUUCAAUUUAAAAGAAAUAUAUACCCUUUUCAAAGAAAGGAACCCAUCUGCAAAAAUAGGAUUUUCAAAGUUUGCAGAGAUGAGACCCAAGUGGUGCAUUUUGGCAGGUGCUUCGGGUACACACACUGUUUGUGUUUGUAUCUAUCAUCAAAACCUAAAGUUAGCCUCCAACGUAAUUUCAAGAGCAAUAAAUUACGCAGAUUACAUAAAAGCAGCAGUGUGUGAUAUAAAUAGUGAGCAAUGUAUGAUAUCCGAAUGCAAACAGUGUCCCAACAAAAAAGGAAUUAAUGAUUUUUUGUCUACAAUUCAUAAGUCACAACACCUAUCAGAUGAAUUUGUACAGUACAGUCAAUGGGUUUCUACUGAUAGAUGUCAAAUGAAAACACUACGGGAAAGCUACGAAGAUUUCAUAGACAACUUUAAAGACCAGGUUCUGAAAACGAAACUCCAUCACUACAUCUCAAAAAAACAAAGUAACUUUUUGCGAGUAAGAAAAGAAAAUUUAGCAGAAUAUGAAUGUAUCGUGAUGUGCGAUUUUGCGGAAAAUUAUGCGUUUGUGGUUCAGGAUGAAGUUCAGAGUUUCCACUGGAAUUCAUCAUCAGCUACGUUACACCCAUUUGUCAUAUAUUUUCGGGAUAUUUCAGAAAUGGAGCAAGUUCGUUUUUUGGUGCAAGAACAAGGGCGGGAAGCGCGUAACUUGCUCGCGUUCAACAUUUCUUCUGCCAAUGACACUUUUGGAGGUAAAGUUUCAAGAAAACCGCCAUGUCCUCCAAAAAACUUGGAAUCUCCAACUAAUUUUAAGACUCCAAGUUUACGAGGGAGAACAGGGGCCCGUAUAAGAUCUGCUUCAACAGGCAGAGAUAAAAGGUCCGAGUUUAGAGCCAGAUAUUGGGCUUUACUGUUUGGAAAUUUGCAGAGAUCGAUCUCUGAAAUAUACAAUACAGUGGAGUCACAUGAAAGUAUAACUGAAUGUCAAGAAGUUUUAUUAGUUCUUGAAAAUUAUUUACGGGAUUUUAGCGCUCUAGCGGAGUGGUUUAAAAUUAAAUGGGACUAUGAGAAUACACCAGCAUUUCAGCGGCCAAAUUCUUUGGCCUGGGAUAUUUGCAAAACUAACUUAAACAAACCCAGUAGAUCUGGAAAGUCCAGUCCCAGUUUAGGUUCAGGCAGGAAUAGUCCUAUUGUUUCUGGAAAAUUAUUGAAUGUAAGAAAAGGUUCUAGUUCAUGUCCUACAAGUCCUUUACCAAGUAUAGAUCAACCAAUUUUUGAGGGUAAAAUUAUUAAUUUAAAUGUUGAAGAAAGUAUUGAGGCUAAAAAAGAGAUAGUAGAGGAAAAACAAACUGAAACUAAAAGUGCAAUAUGUAGUAAGACAUCAAAAGUAGAGCCCUCAAAAAAGAAAACUGAGGUUUCUAAAAUUACUGAAGUUAAACCAAAAGUUCCAACAAAAGUAAGAGAUGUAAAACCUACAGUUUUGGUCAAAAAAGAAGUAAAAAACAUUCCUAUAAAACCCAAAACAGUUGAACCUAUAAAAUUAACUAAAAAUGGUAACAAGAAAAGUAAUGAUGAUUUAAAAUCUGCAAUUACUAAAGAAAAGCUACCACAAGAUGAUGCAGAUAAAAAAGCGAUUUUGGAAAACCCUGUUUUAAGUGCAAAUAAUGUCAAAGAAGCAGAUUUAGUUGGGGAAGAUUCUCAAAAAACUUUGGAUGUUGGGAUUCAAAGUGUCGAAAAAAGUACAAGCACUGAAGAUUUUCCCAAAUUGCCACCUGUAAACCAAGAAAGCCAAACGGACGUAGAACAACAACCGGAAAAAAAAUCGCCCACCCUCACGCAAAAACCCGUCAAAACCGUUCAACCAACAACAACAACAAAACCUUUGGCAACAGUGCGACCGGCCUACUCGACCGCACUGGCACGAAGCGCUUCGGCAAAAAUCGCAGCGCCGCAGCGGCCAAAGAGUGAAGCGAAGAGCCAAGUGGCAACACCGCUUACAGGACCGAAGUCCGUCAAGCCGUUUACGUCCACAAGGGUUGUUACUGGGAAUUUUAAUAGUGCCAGUAGUAGACAAGUUGUCAAUGGCGAUAGUUUUGGGGGAAGAGGGGGAAGUAGUUUUAAUAGAGCGGGGUUGGCUAGAAGCAAGACUAUUGGUGAUAUGAAGACAAAUGGAGGGAGGCAGUAUGGCUUAAGGAGAAAUAAUGCCAGUAUUAGUAAUAAUAUUAGUAAUAACGAUCUCUCCAAGUCUCUAUCAUCAAAUGAAUACGCCAGUUCAGUUGAAACUUUAGUGAAUCAAGGAAGAUCAUCAGAAAACAUAACAAAUUCUAGCAACAGCAUAUUUAGUUCUUCAGAAACUUUAAAUAACGAUGAACCUGAACAGGCCGAUGGAUGGUUUACCGUCAAAUGCAGAUCUAGGUUCAAAAACAGCAGUGGGGGCAGCAGUGGCAACACCGGCAAGUCGCGUAGGUCGGAUACGGCCCUGUCUUGGGCAACGCGUUUUCACCAGGUCAGUGCCACGGCUAGUUUACCGGCCCUGGCGCUUUUCCCAGAAAAACCCGGCGAUGCCGGUCAGAAAGGCAACAAGUCCAUCGAUAAAAGCGUCAAAGAAAAUUUAAACACGUUAAAGUCUUUGCAGAGCAGUACUUUGGAUGCUAACAAUAAAGGUUUAUUAAAAAGAUCACACACAACCCUUUCCAAAAUGAGCCUCAACAAAUACUCAAUAGAAGAAAAAAAUAAAACCAACCUAAACAUUAAAAAAACAAUCUUCGACAACAAAAAAAUUAUCCAAGACAAGAACGCGAACAAAAAAAUGUCCGAUGACUCGGAAACCGACGAAGAGGUAAAACUAAAGGAAAUGGAGAUGCAGGACGACCUGGCAACAGAAGAGGAACAUCGACAACUAUCUGAGGAAGAAGAAAGGUUGACUAAAGAAAUUGAGCAACUGCAGUGUUUGGAGAUUGAGGUUGAUACUGAGACUGAUGGUACGGAGACCGACGGUGAGAUGCAGGGGGAUACCGAGGAGGAUGGCAACAGCGUGAUUACGACUUUCGAUGACGAAGAUAUGUCCAUUUUGGCAACACAAAGGAACACACAUUUAUUUGUUUAUUUUUUAAAAGAAAUGUCCUGGAGUGAACGAAUUGACACCCUAGCCGCUCUAGAGGCUCUAAACGCAAGACACCCUGGUAGAGCACUGGAAUUGCAUCAAAAACUGUCAAAUCCAGCGAGAAGGAGAAGUCUAGCGGAAACCCUGAAAAAGUAUCAGGCGAAACAGGCGCGCGCACAACAGAGGCGUCAAGAUUUGCAGCAGGAAAAGGCGCAGAAGUUGCAGGCUCUAUGGGCGAGAGUAGAAGAUGUUAAGUCUGCUAAAAAUGAUCUUAUUGAGGAGAAGAGAAGAAGGAUGGAAAUGAGAUUGCAAAAGGCCGACCAAAACAGAAGAAAACACCUGAAAGGAAUAAUACGAAAAGCUCACGAUGAAGAGGAAAAACUUAAAGAAAUAGCGUUUAUCAACGAACUUGAGGCUCAAAAUAAAAGACACGAUUUUAUGAAAUCUUGCUUGGAACAGAAAGACCGCAUCCAGGUGAUAAAAGAAGACCGUAAAAAACGUCAAGAAGAAAAAGCAGCCAAAGAAGCGGCAGUCGAAGAGAGAAGAAAUGCUUUGGAAAAAAUAAGGUUAGAAAGAUUGGGACGUUUGCAGGACGAAAGGAGGCAGAGAGAUGAGAGAAUCGGUCAGCAACAGCAGCAGAGAGAGCGGGAAAGACAGGAAUUGGCCAGAGAAAAAGCUAGAGAUAGAGAGGAAAGACUGUCAGCUUUACAUGAAAAACAAUUAGCUAACACUCAGGAGUUGCAAAAAAGAAUUGAACAGAAACAGGAAGAAUCUAAGAGAAGGCAUGAAGAAAAUAUGGAACAAAUUCGACAAAAAGCAUUGGAAUUGUCCAUAUUGAAAUGUCAUAAUGAAGAUGAAGCUCCGGAUAUUAUACCGUAUGCUACACAGAAAAUGUGCACUGUUUGCAAUGUUUUGAUAAAAUCCGAGGUAUAUCUGAUAAGUCAUUUGCGCGGUCGUAUGCACCAGGAGGCGGUUAAACAGGCGAAUCCAAAUUCGUUAGGUCCCGAUGAUUUGGAACAGUACAAUCUGAGGCAGAUAGUGGAGGCACCGGUCAGCAAAGAAGAUCCCCGCGAAACGGCGGCUAAGGAGAGAGGUAAAGCUCAUAGGAAGAGAUGCAAGAAGAUACGACAAAGGAUGGCAACUAAAGGUGCUGAGUUCGAAACCGCCUACAAGCCAUCUGGCGUCGAGUGCGCGAACAAGCGCACGCUGAAUCGGAACGUGAACACCAUAGGCAGCAUAGCGAACCAGGCCAAUCAGGGCCUCUCGCCCUCCACCACCAGCCAAUUGGAUCGCAUCCUCAACGAACUCUCGCGACUGCUGACGAAGGGCGCGCCGAGCGACGUUGCCAUGUUUCAGACGGUUGGCGGGUUCGGAGUGCUGGGCAAAAUGCUCGGGUUGGCCCAAGACGGCAACGCAGCUAUUUCGGUGAAGUCUCUGAUUAUUGCAUGCAAUUUAUGGCAAAUUGCUUGUAAGGGUGCAACUGGGGCCAAAAAUUGCGAAUACGUUAUUUUAUCAAACCGCUUGACACCUGUCAUUGAUUUGCUUAACGCAAGAUUACAGGAUUUGGGAGAUUGUGAAGAAACUCUACCAUCUGAACCUUUGUGCACAUCCCUUUUGCAGCUUUUGGCCACAGUUUUGAGAAACACUCCCAAAGAUGUUCCUUCCACCAGAGUGCAGGAUAUCGUAAGGUAA